UUUUAUGAAUGAAUAGGUUUUACGGCCAAAGGGUUUAUUACUAUUCAGGGAUUACGGUCUCUACGAUCACGCGAUGCUUCGGUUCAGUGAUGGACACAAACUAUCGGACAAUUUCUAUGUGCGACAGGACGGCACCCGUGCCUACUAUUUCUCAUUAGAAUAUAUUGAAUCGAUGGUGAAAUCGUGUGGUUUUGAAGUGAUUAAAAACGAUUACAUCUAACGGCAAACAGUGAACCGAAAGGAAGGCAUUAGCGUUGAGCGUGUGUUCAUUCAGGGAAAGUAUGCAAAAAUUGCCUAAACAUAGAGCACACACUUUUUUGCGCAUAAUUACAUCGGCAAUACAUUAUUCAUUUGUUUUAUUAAACAUAAAAAUGUAAUUUCAUUAAAUAAAAUAUAUAUUUAUAUUUUCGAAAUGAAAAUA